UCAACGUAAACAAACAUGAAUAUUUUUGCAAACUUCAAUUAAUUAAGCUUGAACGCUGUGCUCAAAAGAUAAGAAAAAUGAGUGAUUUGGAAGAAGUAUUCAAUAGUUUUUGUGCCUUCGGUACUGGAGCGAAAAGUGGUCCAGCAACAAUGGACAACGCAAAAUUUGCCAAGCUUUUUCGCGAUUUAAAACUGCUUGACAGAAAGUUGACUGCAACAGACAUCGAUAUUAUAUUCAACAGACCAGAAGUGAAAGGAAAAACGGAACGCAAAAUAAGUUUUGCACAGUUCAAGAAAGCGUUGGAGCUGGCUGCUGAGAAAAAAUAUCCUGAUGAUAGUGACAGUUUUAAAAAGUUGGCCGAUAAAAUAAUUAGUGGAAAAGGACCAGAAAAGUCAGGAGUUACGAAAACAACAACAGCAGGAGGUGUAGAUCGUUUGACUGAUACAUCAAAAUACACAGGUUCUCACAAAGAGAGAUUUGACGAGACUGGUAAAGGUAAAGGCUUAGAAGGAAGGGUAGAUGUUGAUGGUAAAGCCGACGCAGGGUAUGUUGGUGGAUACAAAGGGAUGAAUUCAUAUGAUAAAACUCACUGAAGUCUCCUGGCUGUUCAUGUUUUAGCAAUUAUUAACAUGUGGUUCGUUAAAAGUAAAAAUCACAAGUUGCAACUUCAGUAGCGUAUGUGACAUUACAAAUGUCUUAUUUUAUGAUUAUUUUAACAAUGAUUUUAAUAACAUUAAAGUAUUUUGUACGUUUUACCAGAAACAAA